UGUGGGUGUGCAUGUUUGGGUGUGGGGAUGUGCAAGAGAGAGAGAGAGGGGCAGGCGAGGCAGGACGUGAAAAGUCACAAUUUCACUUCCUGUGUGCCAUUUCUUCCUCUCCAGCUGGUUGGAGCCUCUUCUAGUGUGUGUGUGUGUGUGGUUUUGGGGGAGCCAGGACCUCCUCUUCAGCCCCCUCUGUGAUCUUGCACGAGAAGCUUGCGCCAGGGAUGAAAAUGGAGGAGCCAAGCCAAGCAGCCCCCAAACCGGUGGAGGGAGCAGAGAGUGUGAGGAAGCCCCACCAGAGGGGCUGCAUCCGGGAAUUCCUGCAAAAGAUGCCGUCCCAGCACCAAGUGAAAGAGGAAGGAGGGGAAGGGAUCCUUCAGCGCUGGGAGGUCCAGUGGCAGGAGUUCCUGAAGGAAGUGGAGUCCCCUCACGUGGGUUGGGCGGUCCCGCAGCCGCCAGAGGAGCCCACCCCCUGGGACGACACCAAAGCCUUCUUCGCCUCCUUUGAGCAAGUGGCCGAAGCCUGCCACUGGCCCCGGGAGGCGUGGGUAGCUCGCCUCUCGCCGGCCCUCAGCGGAGAAGCCGAGCGGGCCUUCCGCAGGCUGGAGGGCCGGGACAGAGAGGAUUAUGGGAAAGUGAAGGCGGCCAUCUUGCGCGGGGACGCCAUCAGCAGGGAGAAGAACCGCCAGUACUUCCGGCGCUUCUGCUACCGGGAAGCCGAGGGGCCGCGAGGGGCCUACAGCCGCCUCCAGGAGCUCUGCCAGCGGUGGCUGAAGGUGGAGAGGCACUCCAAGGAGCAGAUCCUGGAGCUUCUGAUCCUGGAGCAGUUCCUGACCAUCCUGCCUCCAGAGAUCCAGAGCUGGGUCAGGGAACGGGGGCCAGAGACCUGCUUCCAGGCAGUGGCCCUGGCUGAGGACUUCCUGCUGAGGCAGCAGGAGGCAGAGCAGCCAAAACCUCAGGUAAGUGUGCCAUUUGAGGAGGUGGUCCUGAGCUUCUGCGAGCCAGAACUGGUUCCUUCUGACCCCGCCCAGCGGCAGAUGCGCCGUGAGACCAAGCAGGAAGCUGACCACGGAGAGGCCCUCUUAACAGGAGCUAAAGGGUGGGCGAACCUCAACGAAGCGGAGAGGUACAGCCCGGAAGAUCGCGAGCAUCUGCCACCACGUGGGACGUCGGUUUGGGGAGCAGGAGAGGACGUUUCCUGUUUCCGCGAGCAGGGAAGCGCUCCAGGUGGGCACCAGGAAGCGGACUUGGGACGAGAAGUCGGUGUGUCUGUCCCGUUUGGGGGCACAUUCCAGGAUCUGAAGGAGGAUGCACACCAGCGGAGGAGUCACACUGGUAAGAGACCAAGCGUCUGCACUGCGUAUAGGAAGAGGUUUGGCCAGAGCGCAAACCUCCUUAAGCACGAGAACAUCCACUCGGGAGAAAAGCCAUUCAAGUGCUCCGACUGCGGGAAGCGGUUUGGCCAGAAGUUCCACCUUCUCGGGCACCGCAAGAGAUGCGAGAGCGAGAGGCCUCACAAGUGCCCCACCUGCGGGAAAAGGUUCUCUCGCAGCUCCUACCUUAACACUCACCAGAGAAUCCACACGGGUGAAAGACCCUACGAGUGCUCGCGGUGCGGGAAAAGCUUUAGCCAGAAAGCUAACCUUAACACGCACCGCAGGAUUCAUACGGGGGAAAAGCCCCACGAGUGCCCCGUGUGCGGAAAAAGGUUCUCUCGCAACACUUGCCUUAAUAGACAUCAGAGAAUCCACAUUGCGCGCUAAGCUGUAAAGAUGGCACGGACUGCAGGGGGGUUAUUUUUCCAUGGCUGCGGGGCAAGAUGCGGGAGAUCAGUACUGCCAAUGAGUGAUUGAGUGGAUUGCUCACCCGGGCUAAACUUCAGUCGCAAAAAUGUCCUGUGUUUAGACAUUGUGUAAUGCAGGAGCAUUCGGUUGCUAACACAAUAAAGAAUAUUCUCCAUUCCU